GGAGUUCAGUUUUUUCCCGCGAAACGCAGACUGCGCAGCUUUUGUCUGAGGCGGUGUGUUUCCACUCUGAAGUCCACGGCUCUGUGUCAGACUCUGCUCUUCUUGGUACCGUCUGGUUCUGGUUCUGGUUCCGCUUCAGCAUGUCUGGCUUUGACGACCCGGGAGUUUACUACAGUGACAGCUUCGGAGGAGGAGGAGAGGGGCCCGGCGGGGAUGAAGGAGGACUGAAGAGGAGCCAGAUCAAGAAACGGUUCCGAGAGUUCCUCCGACAGUUUAGAGUCGGAACCGACCGAACCGGGUUCACCUACAAAUACAGAGAUGACCUGAAGAGACACUACACCCUCGGGGAGUACUGGGUGGAGGUGGAGAUGGAGGACCUCGCCAGCUUUGACGAGGAUCUGUCCGACUGUCUGUACAAGCUGCCGACGGAGAACCUGCCGCUGCUGGAGGAAGCUGCGAAGGAGGUAGCCGACGAGGUGACGCGUCCCCGGCCUGUCGGCGAGGAGACGGUCCAGGACAUCCAGGUCAACCUGAAGAGUGACGCCAAUCACGCGUCCAUCCGCGGCCUCAAGUCCGAGCAGGUGUCUCGUCUGGUGAAGGUCCACGGCAUCAUCAUCUCGGCCACCCCGGUGAAGGCGAAGGCCACCAGAGUUUGUCUGCAGUGUCGCGGCUGUCGCGCCGUCAUCAACAACAUCCCUCUGCCGCCGGGCCUGCAGGGCUACGCUCUGCCGCGCAAGUGCAACAAUGAAAAUCCCUCCAGAGUGAAGUGUCCCAUCGAUCCGUACUUCAUCAUCCCGGAUCGCUGCGUUUGCGUCGACUUCCAGACUCUCCGCCUGCAGGAGUCUCCGGACGCCGUCCCUCACGGCGAGAUGCCGCGUCACCUGCAGCUCUACUGUGACAGGUAUCUGUGCGACCGCGUCGUCCCGGGCAACCGAGUAACCAUCAUGGGCAUCUACUCCAUCAAGAAGAUGGCGGCCGUCAAAGCUAAAGGCAGAGAGAAGAGCGCCGGGGUCGGUAUCCGUGCGUCGUACCUGCGAGUGGUCGGCAUCCAGGUGGACACUGAAGGUGCAGGCCGCGGUGCGAGCGGGUCGGUGUCUCCGCAGGAAGAGGAGGAGCUGCGAGCGCUGGCGGCGACUCCCAACGUCUACGCCUCGCUGGCUCGCUCCGUCGCUCCCUCCAUCUAUGGCAGCGACGACCUGAAGAAGGCCAUCACCUGUCUGCUGUUCGGAGGCUCGAGGAAGAGGCUGCCUGACGGUCUCACUCGCAGAGGCGACAUCAACCUGCUGAUGCUCGGAGACCCCGGUACAGCAAAGUCUCAGCUGCUCAAGUUUGUGGAGAGAUGCUCGCCUAUCGGGGUGUAUACAUCAGGUAAGGGCAGCAGUGCGGCUGGUCUGACCGCCUCCGUGUUGAGAGACCCGAACACUCGUGGGUUCAUCAUGGAGGGUGGAGCCAUGGUGCUCGCCGACGGUGGAGUCGUCUGCAUCGACGAGUUCGACAAGAUGAGAGAAGACGACAGAGUGGCGAUUCACGAGGCGAUGGAGCAGCAGACCAUCUCCAUCGCUAAGGCCGGCAUCACCACCACCCUGAACUCGCGCUGCUCCGUGCUCGCUGCAGCUAACUCCGUGUUCGGCCGCUGGGACGACACAAAGGGCGAAGACAACAUCGACUUCAUGCCCACCAUCUUGUCUCGUUUUGACAUGAUCUUCAUCAUCAAGGACCACCACGACCAGCAGAGGGACAUGACGCUGGCUCGUCACGUGAUGAACGUUCACCUGAGCGCUCAGACGCAGACGGAGGGCGUCGAGGGCGAAAUUCCUCUCGCUACCUUCAAGAAAUACAUCGCCUACGCCAGAAAUAAAUGUGGCCCUCGGCUUUCUGCUGUGGCUGCCGAGAAGCUGAAGAACCGAUACGUGGUGAUGAGGAGCGGAGCGCGAGAACACGAGAGGGAGUCGGACAAGCGACCGUCCAUCCCGAUCACCGUCAGGCAGCUGGAGGCCGUCGUUCGUAUCGCGGAGUCUCUGGCUAAGAUGAAGCUUCAGGCCGUGGCCGGAGAGGAAGAGGUGGACGAGGCACUCAGACUUUUCCAGGUGUCCACGCUGGACGCCGCGCUGUCCGGCAGCCUGUCAGGUGUGGAGGGCUUCACCUCUCAGGAGGACCAGGAGAUGAUCUCUCGGGUGGAGAAGCAGCUGAAGAGACGAUUCGCCAUUGGCUCGCAGGUGUCCGAGCACAGCAUCGUCCAGGACUUCACCAAACAGAAAUAUCCGGAGCACGCCAUCUUGAAAGUCCUCCACCUGAUGUUGAGGCGUGGCGAGCUUCAGCACCGCAUGCAGAGGAAAGUCCUCUACAGAGUGAAGUAGAGCGAGCUGAUCCCGAGCACGUGAAAUGUAAAUAGUUUUGAUCUGCCGAUGGCCGUCUUUAUGAUGUUUAAGUGUCUGCACGAUGUGUAAAGAACAAAAGAUAAAUAAA